UUCAUAGUCACGCCGGCCGAUAGGACGACGGAGUACGCGCAGCAGCAAUCGCUGGAUUACGAUCCGCCUAUGAACGGGACCCAACUGGAGCACCAGCAUCUCGUUCCGAAGUCCACGCGCGAUUGCGAUGGCGGAGGCGCCGGCGGAGAUGGCGAUCCCAUGGUCUGCGGCGGGAACUCCGAGAAGAAGACGGGAUACGAGACCAAUCUCUUCCUUUAUAGUGAAGAAAUGGAAGAUCGGCCUCGGAUCUCGACUCUGCUCAACAGUCUAUCGAAUUAUAGCAACACGAUCCCAGCCGCGACCGAUCCGGACGCGAAACCGCCACCGGUGCAAGGUGGAGCACGUAUGGGCACGUUGAUUGGCGUCUAUCUGCCGUGCAUCCAGAAUAUCUUCGGCGUAAUCCUCUUCAUCCGUUUGACGUGGGUCGUCGGCACCGCUGGCGCCAUAUACGGUUUCUUCAUCGUGCUCUGUUGUUGCUGCGUGACCAUGCUGACCGCGAUCAGUAUGAGUGCCAUCGCGACCAACGGCGUGGUGCCUGCAGGUGGGUCCUACUUCAUGAUAUCACGAAGCUUGGGCCCAGAGUUCGGCGGCGCGGUGGGGAUGCUUUUCUACACCGGUACCACGUUAGCCGCUGCUAUGUACAUCAUCGGUGCUGUGGAGAUCGUUUUGACAUACAUGGCGCCCUCGCUGAGCAUAUUCGGCGACUUCACCAAAGACCCGAGUAUAAUGUACAACAAUUUCCGUGUGUACGGUACCGGUCUGCUGUUGGUGAUGGGCACGAUCGUGUUCAUCGGCGUGAAGUUCGUCAACAAGUUCGCGACGGUUGCUCUGGCCUGCGUGAUCUUCUCGAUCAUAUCCGUCUACGUGGGUCUGUUCAACAAUUUCUACGGCAGCGAGGCCCUCAAAAUGUGCACUCUCGGUAAAAAGUUGCUCAAAGACAUCGACGUGAUGAACGACUGCAACAAGAACGUCAGCGGUGUUCUGCAUAAACUUUACUGCGGCAACGCCACUGUCCUGCACAAGUGUGAUCCGUAUUACGUGGAGAAUAAUUUGACGAUCAUCAAUGGUAUCCGUGGUCUGGCCAGUGGUGUCUUCUUAGAAAACAUUUGGGACAGCUUCCAAGAGGAAGGUCAACUGAUCGCCUAUGGGAAAGAUCCGAAGGACAUCGACCUCAUGUCGUUGACCAACUACAAUCAGAUCCAGGUCGAUCUUACUACCGCUUUCACCAUUCUCAUCGGUAUAUUCUUCCCCUCGGUCACUGGUAUCAUGGCCGGAUCCAAUAGGUCCGGCGAUCUAGCCGAUGCCCAGAAGUCAAUCCCGAUCGGCACGAUCUCUGCUAUUCUUACAACAUCGAUCGUGUACCUCUCCUGUGUCCUGUUGUUCGCCGGCACCGUGGACAAUCUCCUUCUUCGAGACAAAUUCGGUCAGAGUAUCGGUGGCAAGUUGGUCGUCGCGAACAUGGCCUGGCCGAAUCAAUGGGUGAUCCUGAUCGGUUCCUUCCUGUCCACCCUUGGCGCCGGUCUCCAGUCCCUAACGGGAGCUCCUCGUCUUCUCCAAGCGAUCGCCAAAGACAGCAUCAUUCCGUUUCUGACCCCAUUCGCCACGAGCUCCAGCCGAGGUGAACCGACCAGGGCUCUGGUGCUGACGGUGAUCAUCUGUCAGUGCGGUAUCCUCUUGGGAAACGUCGACUAUCUGGCUCCCCUGCUGUCCAUGUUCUUCCUGAUGUGCUACGGUUUCGUCAACCUUGCCUGCGCUCUUCAGACACUCCUGCGAACACCAAACUGGCGGCCCAGGUUCAAGUACUACCACUGGAGCCUGUCCUUCCUCGGUUUGUCCCUCUGCAUCGCGAUCAUGUUCAUGACCAGCUGGUACUACGCUCUACUGGCGAUGGUGAUGGCCGGCUGUAUUUAUAAGUACAUCGAGUACCGUGGCGCCGAGAAGGAAUGGGGCGAUGGUAUCCGUGGUCUGGCCCUGUCAGCCGCUCGUUACUCCCUGCUGAGACUCGAGGAAGGACCGCCUCAUACGAAGAACUGGAGACCUCAGAUUCUGAUCCUGGCCAAGUUGACCGACGAUCUUGUCCCGAAAUACCGUAAGCUAUUCGCGUUCGCCAGUCAGCUGAAAGCUGGCAAAGGUCUCACGGUGUCUGUCAGCUGCAUCGGUGGCGACUAUAUCCAGAACUCUGGGGAAGCAUUGGCGGCUAAGCAGAGUCUACGGAAGACGAUCACCGAGGAGAAGGUGAAAGGAUUCGUGGACGUUCUGGUGGCCAGGAAUAUUGUCGAUGGUUUGAGUUCGUUGAUCCAAACCACCGGAUUAGGCGGAAUGAAACCGAACACCGUGAUCCUCGGCUGGCCUUACGGUUGGCGACAGUCGGAGGACGAGAGAACCUGGAGAGUGUUCCUGCAGACGGUCAGAGCCGUGGCGGCUGCCAGGAUGGCUCUGUUGGUACCCAAAGGUAUCAACUUCUUCCCAGACUCGACGGAGAAAGUGGUCGGUUACAUCGACGUUUGGUGGAUCGUUCACGACGGCGGUCUGCUGAUGCUGCUGCCGUUCCUACUGAAGCAACACCGCACCUGGAAGAACUGCAAAAUGAGGAUCUUCACGGUGGCUCAGAUGGAGGACAAUUCGAUUCAAAUGAAGAAGGAUCUGAAGAAGUUCCUGUACGAUCUCAGGAUCGAGGCGGAGGUCGAGAUUGUCGAGAUGAUGGAUUCCGAUAUAUCAGCGUACACAUACGAGCGAACUCUGAUGAUGGAACAGAGAAAUCAGAUGUUAAGGGAGCUCCGGUUGAACAAGAAGGAGUCCCUGGGCGUGGUGCAGACAUUGGUGGACUUCAACGAGGUACCCGCCGAAGACAAUUUAGCUCUGGUGCAGGCGAUCAUCGAUCAUCAUCAUAACGUGGACGUGAAGGUGGCGACCAAGGUGAGAUUCCAGGAGCCAGGCAGCCAGACGGCGGCCGACGAGGCGCAGGAGAAACUGGUCCAGGAGACCGAGGCUGAAAAAGAGUCGGAAACGGAGGACAGCAGCCAGACGGCGGGUGACGGAAAAGAGGGCAGCAACGAGGAGGACAAGCUGAUCGGCGGCUCGCCCAAACAGGACAACAAGGAGAACACGGAGAAGGAGGCGAAGGAGAACGAGGAAAAGAAAGAGACCCCGGAAUCAAAAGUCAUCACACCUGACGAGGGCGACGUGAGACGUAUGCACACAUCCGUGAAGCUGAACGAAGUGAUCGUGAACAAGAGCCAUGACGCUCAGUUAGUCAUCCUCAAUCUUCCUGGACCACCGCGGGACACCAGAAUGGAACGUGAAUCAAAUUACAUGGAAUUCCUAGAAGUUCUCACCGAGGGUCUGGAAAGGGUGCUGAUGGUGCGCGGUGGCGGACGGGAGGUGAUCACGAUCUACUCGUGAACUAGAUCGGGAUGGAUCGAAGUAACCGCCUCGCAGAAGCAGAAAUCUAGUUUACUUCUCAAAGACCUAAACGACUUCAUCCUAAGGAACACGUUGCUCUUGUGCCAUUAUCUGAGCAGUCACUUGCGUUUCGCGUUGUGAACACACGGUUACCGUUAAGAAAACAAAAAAAAGAUUAACAAACACACACGCAUACACUUAUACACACACUAUAAGACACACACACACACAGAGACUACACACAGAAAAAUAAGAAACCGAGCGAGUACGGACAAACGACGACGCCGUAUUCGCGGGUCUCGGUUGGUGGACUUGGAUCGAGUAGGAUCACACGUAGGCUCGUUCCAAGGCCUGACCGUCGAGAACGCCAAAAGUGACAUGCCAAAGGAUAAGUUUCCUUUUCAAAUGAAUUUCACAUGUAAACUAGGAUUACGGUAGGAUCUAUCUCUUAUUUACACUCGUCCCUUUCGCGAAUGAGAUAGACAAAAAAGUGGUUUUAAUCCGUAUAUACACACACAUACACAAAUUACACGCACGACACAAAGAAGAAAAAUCCGUCUAACGAUCGG